GUUUGUCAUUUUCCGUCAAAUUCGUUGCGGCUUGUCAUUGUGUGCAAUUCACUAUUUUGUAACAAAAAGUAUUUUACUAUAAAAUAAAUUAGAAUAUUAUUGAUAAAAUGGCAUUUAUGGGCGAUAUGAUGAACCCUGCGCCCUUCUGGCAGAAUGGCCCUGCCCCAGGAGCGUUCUACAACUUCCCUGGAAACUCGGCAGGCUUCGGACCCAAUACUCACCCAGUACAGGAAUUCAAAGCUCAUUCAGCCACCCCAAUCACCACCACAACCACAGUCAUCGGAGUCAAGUUUGACAAAGGCUGUGUGAUCGCAGCCGACACCCUCGGUUCAUAUGGCACGUUAGCCAGGUUCCGUGACUGCCCCCGUGUCUUGAAGGUGAAUGAUCUGAUUCUGCUGGGUAACGGUGGUGAUUAUGCUGACUACCAGUACUUGAAGGACAUUAUUGAACAGAAGAUUAUUGAUGAGCAAUGCAUCGGCGACGGUCUGCACCUGAAGCCGCGCUCCUUGCACUGCUGGCUGACCCGCGUUCUGUACAACAAACGCAGCAAGAUGGACCCCUUGUGGAGCAACUACGUUGUCGCUGGCAUGCAGGACGGAGAGCCUUUCCUAGGCGCAGUAGACAAGCUAGGCACAGCUUACGAAGACGCAGCCAUCGCCACCGGUCUCGGCGCGUACAUGGCGACUCCUCUGGUUCGCGAGGCUGUUGACAAGGGCAACUUGGAUGAAGAGGGUGCUAAAGCCCUAGUCCGCAAAUGCAUGGAGGUUCUAUUCUACCGCGACGCCCGCGCCUUCCAGCGGUUCCAACUCGGCGUGGUGACGGCUGCCGGGGUCAAGGUGGAAGAUGUGGCGGAACUCAAGCAUGACUGGUCGCUAGCGCACAUGAUACACAUGAAGUGAAUGUGGGGUUUCGAAUUAAAUAUUGUUUUGUAAUUA